AUGAGAGCUUUUUUCGAUUCUGACAUUGUCAUAAAUUUUACCCUCUCAGAAGAAGCAAUUGAAAAAGAAAAAAGAAUUAUAGAAAAUAAUAAAAGACUAGUUCGAGAUUGUCAAAGAGAUAAAUUGCUAUGUGAUGUGAAAAAAAAUUGGGAUAAAUUUUAUAACCAAUAUAAAACAAAUUUUUUUAAAGAUAGGAAAUGGUUAAAAGUCGAAUUUGAUCAUAUAUUUAAAGAAGGUUUAAAAAAUUAUGAUGAAACUAUUGACAAAAGUGAAAUAAGAAAGAAUGAGCAAACCAAACUUGUUUUAGAAAUUGGAUGUGGUGUGGGAAAUUCAUUAAUUCCUCUUUUAAUGGAAUAUGAAGAUUGUAAUUUUAUAGGAAUCGAUUUUUCAAAACAUGCGAUUAACUUUUUAAAUGAUAAAUGGGAAAAACUUGUAAGUAUCAAUAAUAAGUUAAAAUAUGAAAAUAUGACUGUAGAAAGUAAUAUGAAGGAUAAGUAUGAAAAGGAAACAAAUAAAAAUGUUGAAUUGGACGGUAAAUUUAAUUGUGCUUUUGAAAAUUCGUUAAAUGAUAUAUGUCAAAAGGAAAUAAAGAAUAAAAAUAUUUUAUUAGAAAAUAAUAUAAAUGAUGGCACCCAAAAUAAUAAUGAUAAUAAUAAUGAUAAUAAUGAUAAUAAUGAUAACAAUAAUGAUAACAAUAAUGAUAACAAUAAUGAUAACAAUAAUGAUAACAAUAAUAAUAAUAAUAAUAACGAUUGUCAUAUAUUGGAGGAACAAAAUUGUACAGAUAUUUAUGAAUUGAAAAGUUAUAAAAAAUUUGGAAAUUUGAUUAAAACAUGUGUAGUAGAUAUUACUUCAUCAGAUGACGACAAUUCUAAUUUUAUUUGUGAAUAUGGUUCCGUUGAUAUUAUUUUAUUAAUCUAUGUAUUAUCCGCUGUCCAACCUGAUAAAAUGAUAAAUGUAAUAAAUAAUUGUUAUAAAUAUUUAAAAAAGGGUGGUUAUGUUUUAUUAAGAGAUUAUGGGUUAUAUGAUUUAACACAAGUACGUUUUGCCAUUAAAAAAGAAAAAAAUAUAUCUGAAAAUUUUUAUGUAAGAGGUGAUAAAACAUUUGUGUAUUUUUUUAAAACAGAGGAAUUACAUGAUCUGUUCUGUAAAAAUGGACAAUUCGAAGAAGUACAAAAUAAAUAUAUAACCAGGAUUGUUAAGAAUAGGAAGAGAAAUUUGGAGAUGAAAAGAAUAUGGGUUCAAUCCAUAUUUAGGAAGAUAUAA